AUGCUGAGGUCGGUGUUUAUGCACGACUCGUAUCUACAAUACAUAGCUAUGAUUAAAAGUCUCGUAGAAUACAAUGUCCUAGUGCCAGGUCAGCCUCGAUCUGAAGCCUCAUUCAGACGGAUACAAGUUGUGGAGCGUGGAAUGUCCGGGGAACGUAUACCAAGUCUUAAUAUCGCGGAAAGGAAUGACGUUUGUCUCAACCUUCGUAUUAGAAGAGCUGUGGAAGAAGAUAAUGAUGAUAUAUUGCCGAUAAUAGAAAGGCAUUCAAAACGUUUGAGAGAAAUCUACGGCGAUUUUUACAUCAGCGAGCUUGUAUCUCGUCAUCCUGAAUCUGAACGAGUGAUACUCGUUUGCGAGGAAGAACAGGAACAGGACAGUAUUCCACCUAAGAGCCGUGAAAAGGAAUUGUCUUCACGUUUUUCACACUUGAGCGAUAAAGCACAAUUGAACAUUAUGGAACUUUUGGAGGAAGAUGAAGAAGAAUUAGAAUUCGAUAUCGUCAAUAUUGAUACACAUUUGCUAAAAGUUCCAAGUUUGAUUUCCUACGAAGAAUUUACUAAGACUCAAUUAGGUGCUACCGAUAAUGUGUCUAGAAUAUUAGACGGAAGACGUAAAGACUCUUUCGAAGAUAAAAGUUUGAAAAAGGAAAGAAUUAAGAAAUCUUUAGCCGCCAUUACAACGUUACCUCAUCAUAAAGUGCAGGAGCCUACACGUUAUUCGGGAGAACCUAAUGCUUUCCUCAUUGAAAUAUUCGCCAUGCAUCAAGAUUACGAUGAGAGGAUUGGUUCAAGCAGAAAGAGCAAGACAAAAAUUCUUCUAGAAGCUCUAAAAAGAAGUUGUGAUGAACCAAGUAGUACUGAUGACGAUUCUUCUCCAGUGCAUAAGAAAAGAAACUUGAAUGAAAAUGAUAGGACUGUUGAAGUUGAAAUACACGACAGUAUCUGGAACUGCUCUGAAGAAGUCGCUGCAUAUGAGAAUAUGGGAAAUAUUGCUAAUGAUGAGGAGAACGUGGAGAAGAAUGCUGUGGCAAACGAGUUGGAUUUUUAUUUGAAAACAUUAGUAACGCCCUAUAUUCCUCGGUCGCGUUUCGUCAAUGAAUCUCUUUUCGUUUCGCAUAUCAACUCUGUUAAAGGUGAAGUUCACGUGCGUCCAGCCGAGGAAUAUGAUGUACCGUAUUUUGCCGACGUGUUAGUGCACGCACCGAGGAAAAAUGAGCUAUUGGAACUAAUUGAUUCUAGUUUCACUUUUGACGAACUGGAUUCUUACGUGCUUUUGAGUAGGAAUCAGCCCGUUGGAGUGGUUGUUGUUGCACCACUUGAAGACGCUUUAUCCGUGCGGCUUCAAUACAGCUUGGAACCCGAACCAUGUAUUCCAGAUACAGACGGAAACAGCCCCAGCCGCAAUCUCAUGUCUUUGACAAGUCAUAUGGUACCUGUUGCAGCUAAUCUAUCUACGCCUAUUAUAUCCAGAAAUAAAGAAAAGGAAAACGUACACAAGGAAAGACCCACGUCUCCAUACCUAACUUUCACUAACCUAACUCUGGUAUCGGAGCAUGGACUACCAACGGUAGCGGAGUGUCUCCGUGCUGCGGAUACCUGCUUCCCUCGCGACGGUCGCUAUACCGAUCGUUAUCUCAAAUGUGUACCUUAUUACUUCUACAUUGAUGUCGUGUCUGCUGUUAUGGUACGCAUCGACAGAAAAAAGAAAUGCAUUCAUCUGAAAGGAGGAAGCGUGAAAUAUUAUGACGAUUUGGUUUUAACUUGCGGCCAACAGUUCCAGCAUCCUGAAUAUUUGAACCAAUUGUUGGAGCGUGACAGGGUGACAAAAACGAAAAACGCCUGCAAUAGAGUACCUAUGGAUAACCCAAAGUACCGGCCGGAUUCCGUACCGCCACCACCCAAUGUGCCCGAUAAUAUAAUGCUUAUCAACUCACUUUAUGACGCUAACGCUUGUUUGAGGAAAUUGCUAAGGAUGAUUACUGAGUCAAAAGAGUCCAUAAACUCUUUAAGUGUGAGUAGAAAAAUAAUUGUAUAUGGCGACUGCAUAGAUGCGUACUCAUGUAUUGCAGCAUUACUUGAAUUGGGUAUUGCGGCAAAUAUGAUAGUUUUUGUAGAACCAUUUCCCCCCGAAGACACUGCAGCUUUGAGAGUCAAUUGCUUCAAUAAUGAGCUCGUCGAUGAGAGGGUUCAAUUAAGCUUAGACAAACGUGGAAUACAAGUAUACAGACAAUGCUAUUUCACCGAAUGGGUAUUGUCGGGCCCGCGAGUAGAUAUCCUCCGUUUUAUGACGCCUACGCAAGUGAUCAAUAUUUCUUGUUUCGCAUUUUUCUACUAUGGAAUCAAAGCCAUUGAUGUCAAUUCUCUUAAAGCAAUAACGGACAGCGGUUUGGUGUACGACGGUGGUUUGAUCGUAGGGCCGAGCUUUGAGAGCAACGACCCGAGCGUUUAUGGUGCCGGCCCAUGCACUAGUUAUUCGCGGCGGCUGCAUGCGAGUACUUUCGCGCACCGACACUAUUGCUCCGAAGAUGUCGGUGAGGCAGGUCAUAUUUUACAAACCGACAAGGACGGGAACUAUUUUCGAUUGCAACUGAAUACGUUGCACUGCGUAAUGUCAUUGACUUGUUUAUCUAAGAAACCUUUUUCAUCGGAAAAUAUUGUCCAAAUCUACGGAAAACACGAAGCAUUCUUCGAUAAACUCCUGGUUAGAUAUCAGAUAGAUGAUUUGUACGACUUUUUCGCUCAAACAUGGAUGUCCGCCAUGUACCAUAUGAGUUUUGAGGAUUUAUUAUAUGAUAUUGACCAUCAAGAUGUUGGCACAGUGAGUACUUGUGAUUUAAAAAAAAAAGUGGCUGUCAUACAGCUGGGCUAG